CAGUGCAAGGGUGCAUGCGAGGAAGGAGUACAGUGAAGUGCGAGGCGAGGUCACGAAACCAUCAUUCAGCUCAGCUUUCUACAAUCCAAUCUCCAAAUGGUAAGGAAGACAGCAGAAUAUCCUGUGCCUUGGGAGUACUCUUGUGGGGAGGCAUCGCGGUAAGAGAUGCUUAUCUACCAUUGUAAGCUUAAAAACCUCCACGGCCAAAGUGCGCUUAGUCAACGUCUGUCGGCGCCCUGGCUAAUUCCUGCUCGUAGACGCUGUUGCGGUUCAAUGCUGUUGCCUUCUCAACUCUCUUUGUACGCCCUUGCUUCCUCUCUGUUCUUGCCAUGUCAGUACGCUUGCUUCUUGAUUCUGCUACACUUGUUUCGUCACAUUAGCUUUCCAUUUCAUCACUUCGUCUUUCGUACGUCCAUCGUUGCGCCGGCUCUGAUCUUGGGUACAGCGUCCGUCAGAGCAUGCACAUAACAGAGCUUCUGGGCAGCUAGAGUCGAUUCGCUGCAGUCAUCUCCCUAGGCCUGGAGGCUAUCAACUGCUUACUGCAACCUAGUUUCGGG